CAUAAUAAUUAUGUCUCCCCUGGCCUGCACUGGACUGGGAUGGAGAAAAACUCAAAGCAGCACCAACCUCAAAAUCUUAAUCAACUGAGCUCUCUUAUCUCCGACUCCAAAUGGGCUCUCCGCCGCCUCCCGCCGCCGAGAACUCCGUUGCCCAGCCGCAGAUUGAUGGCGAUUCCAGCAACGGGGUCUCCGCUGCUGUUGAGGAGAAGAAGCCCGACUUACCAAACCCGAGCAUCGAGGAUCUUGACAAAUUCGAGGACAUCGAUAAAUACAAGAAGUAUGAAGCUGACUACACCUAUCGACUGAUGGCGAAGUAUUUCUCUGAGAAGGAUAUACGUGGAGGGAACAUAUUUGACGAACAAGUUACAAUAGAUGGUGAGAUUAUAAAGGCAAGCAGAUGGCCUUCUACCAGUUCUUAUGUGGAUCCUCUUAGUGUUUUCAAUGACAUCAGUUGCUGUGGCAUCUCGAUUUCUGAAGCUGAAGAAGCUACUACCAUCUCGAACGGGAAGCAGCCAUUGAAGAAGUAGUAGCUAACAGAGAUUUCCACCGACCCUGAUACAAAUGGAAGUGAUCGAAUCAUGUGGUUUGACAAGCUCUUCUAGCAGAGGAACCAGGACGACUUUCAUGUCAACAUCCAGCGAGAGAGGAUUGCGAAGUCCAUGUUGAUCGCAGAGGGAAGCAAAAAUCCGAACUUAGGAUACUGAAAGAAUUAAAUUUAGAAACCUCUAAAAUAUCAUUAGUUAGAUGUUAAGGUUGUCAGCAACUGUAGUUACAGAAAUCUUCCGGGUUUAAUUUGACCUAAUGUCUUGAGUUCUUAUCAUGAACGAGUACCCUUACAAAUCAGUUAGAUUCUUCUGAAAUCGAUUAUUUUCGUUUCCAAUAUUUGCAACAACUUGCUGAUGUAUUUUGACAUUUAUGUGAGAACUUAGUGAAACAGACAAGUCUUUCUUGUCCUACAAAUGGUAAUAUGAAAGCUGUACUGAACUCCAUUGAGGA